CUCUGGAGUUCGAUCUCCGGUGACUAGCACAACACGAGGUGGGAUAUAAAGUGAUCUUCAUCCCCCAGUCACAAGAAGAAUCAGACAACAGUUCCAUCAACACAUUCGUUCCAUCUCACCAUGCGCUCGUUCUUCCUGCUGUCCGCUGCUGCGGCACUCACUCUCGCUUCCCCUGUUCCUCAGGAGCUUGACUUCGACCUUGUCGAUGUUGUUGAGACUCCCUCGAACGUUACCAUCCCUACCAACACCGAUGAGCUUAUCGUCAGCUACGACUCCGAUGCUGCUGCUGCCGCUGUCCAGACUUCCGUUCUGACCGGUCAGACUGAGAUCGACAUCUCCAACAGCACUACCAACAGCACCAGCUCUUCCACUCUUCGCAGACGUGGUACCUGUGCCGUUCAGGCCAGCGGCUCCGGCCCUGUCCCUUCUCCCGACACUGCUUCGGCUUUCCUCUCUUACUCUGCCUUUGCCAGCGCUGCAUCCGGUGCCGCCACUCCUUCCGGCUACACUCAGGCCUUCAAGAACUUGAAUGCCUCUAGCAAUGCUUACGGAUACCUCGGUUUUACCAACCUCGCCUCGUACGACACCGCCAAGUGUGCCCAGAAGUGUAACGCCAUCUCUGGCUGUGCUUCCUUCAACCUUUACUACGAACGUGACCCCAGCAAGGACCCCGGUACUGGCUGUGAGAACCCUGCCUCGACAACCAACAUCAAGUGCGUAUUCUGGGGUGGAGACCUCACUACUACAAACGCAAACAACGCUGGUCAGUACCGUAGCAGCUUCCAGGUCGUUAUUGCCGGAAGCAACGGUUACGUGAACAACACCAUCGAGCCCGCUGAUGGCUACACCUCUCCUUCUUACUACGGCAACACCGCUAUCGACGCCCCUGUUGACUGCAAUGGCCAGUCCACCUUCCUUGGAAGCAAGGUCUUCACCGGUGGUCCUUUCGAUGCCAGCCUUUGCGCUGCUGCUUGCGACGCCCAGAGUGCCACCAACCUGAAGGCCAACAAGGCCACUUGCAAGUUCUUCAACACUUACAUUCUUGCUCGCAACAACGUCGCCAUUGGCCAAUACUGCAACCUUUACUCCCAGACUUGGGCAUCGUCUUACGCUACCUACAAAGGUUCCAACAGCGGUGGUAACAAGUACACCGUUUCUUACUCUUACGGUUUCUCCAGCUCUGCCGACGCUGGUACUUGCAAGAAGCCCUCUACUUCUACCUGGAUCAUCAGCUCUGCCACUGCCACUGCCAGCUCUACUGCUACUGCUCAGCCCACCACUGCUGGUGGUUUCAUCAACUGGAAGACUUUCCAGGCCAACGGUGCCAACCUCGGUGGCUGGCUCGAGAAGGAACAGACCCACGACCCCAUCUGGUGGGCCAGCGUCGCCAACCUUUCUACCACCCCUGACGAGUGGACUCUCUGCCAGACCCUUGGCGACCAGUGUGGUCCUACUCUGGAAGCCAGAUACGAGUCAUUCUUGAACAAGUCUACCAUCGAUCAGCUCGCCUCCGUCGGUGUCAACACUCUCCGUAUUCCUACCACCUACGCCGCCUGGGUCAACGUUCCUGGAUCUGCUCUCUACCACGGUAACCAGCAGCAGUACCUCAAGGCUAUUACUGAUUACGCCAUCAACACCUACGGCAUGCACAUCAUCGUUGGUCUUCACUCCCUCCCCGGUGGUGUCAACAACCUCGACAUUGGUGAGGCUCUCAUGCACGACGACUUCUUCUACAACACCACCAACCUCAACUACGCUUACGCCGCCGUUGACUCCAUCCUUGACUUCAUCAAGGCCAGCGGUAACCUGACUUCCUGGACCAUCGGCCCCAUCAACGAGGCCUCUGACAACCUCUCUGGCUUCGGUACCUCCGCCGGUCUCUCCGACAAGGGUGCUCAGUGGGUUGCUGACUACAUCAACGGUGUUGUCGCUCGCACCGCCAAGGUCGACAGCCGUAUCCCCGUCAUGGUCCAGGACUGCUUCAAGGGUGCUGCCUUCUGGGAGCCUUACUUCGACGCAUCUGCCAACCUUGUCAUCGACUCGCACGUUUACUACUUCGCUGCCGCCGGUACCUACUCGCAAUAUGUUGCCCCUGCCGUCUGCGGUCAGGCUGCCUUCAUCGCCGAGGCCACCAAAUUCCCCAACUUCAUUGGCGAAUGGUCUCUCCAGACCAUGUACAACAACAGCCUCGCCAUCUCUGAGAGACAGUUGAUCUUCAACACCCAGCGUUACGCCUGGAGCAAGUACGUCAGCGGUGGUUCCUUCUGGACUGCUGUUUCGUACUCCACUGCUCUCGUCGAUGGUCAGGGCACUCAGAGAGAUUACUGGUCCUACACCGACCUCAUCAGCGCUGGCGUCAUAAAAUCAGAGUCUGCCUUCAACGGCACCGCCUACUGCUAGAUGCAGUUCGAAAAAUGGUAGUCUAGCUCUGCCGCAGAGACUCGGGCUUGCCUGAGCGAUGGUCCAGCACCAUUUGUUUUUUUGUUCUUCUUUUCCCCUUCACUUCAUGAUAGACGAUUUUCUAGAUUUACGCUUUGUUUAUACGCUUUUUGUUUAUAGAAGACGGUGGUGGC